CGGCUAGUCAGUAGUCGACUCGUCGUAUUGAUGUCUGACUGUGGUUAGGCGGCCCGGUGGUAUGUCAGUAGCGUUAUGGUUUUUUUAAUUGUUUAAAAAUAAAUUUUAUACACACAAAUAGUCUUAUAAAAUAUAUAUGAAUUUUUAAACAUUUGUUUAAUGGUUUUGAACGUAAAUUAAUUAACUGACACCAUCGCAAUUAAUUUUGAUACAGUCACUGUUGGUGAAAAUAAUAAUUUACAUACAUAAACAAAAUAUUUCAUUAAAUGUGUCGUGCGGGUAUGUGUGACCGAUCAUCAUUAUGAGUUCGCCAAAGCCGUUGGACCGGAAAUCGUCCGGCAGCGUAAGGAAACAGUCGUUUUCACAUCACCAAAAGUCUUCCAACGAAGACGUUUAUCAACAACAAGACGAAUAUGACACGCCGAAUCAAAUACUCGAUCGUGUGAAAUGUGACCAUGUGACAGUUACAAAACCAGAAGAAGACAGACGAAGACGAACCAUAAUUGUCGAAAAAAAAAAUGGCAGUUUUGGAUUCAUGCUUCAGAGUUACGGUAUUCACUACAAAAAGGAACAGGAAAUCGAAAUGAUUACGUAUGUGGAUCACGUUGAUUAUGACGGUCCGGCAUAUAGGGCCGGCAUGAGAGAAGGAGACGUGAUCCUAUCAAUAAACGGCAUCGACAUGGAAAAAUCCGAUCAUAAGACCCUUGUGAAUUUUAUAAAAAACUGUGAUACUAGGAUGCGAAUGGUCGUAUUAUUUGAAGACUGUGUUCGCAAGGUCGACUUGCAUAUGAGGUAUAUCCAACUACAAAGGACUCUCCUAGCAAAAGUCGAAGAGUUAGAAAAAGUAGAGAUCAAAGAAAGAGAGUUAAUGGAAGGAAAAUGGAAAACUCAUAGUUUACCGGCUAGAAAAAAAUCUUCAAAAAAUUCUAAUGAUCAAAAAAAUGUAUUGACUGAAAAUGGUGAUAGUUCUAUACCUAGACCAACAUUAUCGACUGAAAACAUAGCUAAACCUCAACCGAUUUAUGUACCUAAACCAAAUUUUGUAUUGGCCUAUCGACCACAACAUUUUGUUGAUCAACAUGGACGUUCCUAUUACCUACACCAACCAGCCACUGCCAUUAUUAGUAGUGGUUCAAAUUAUGUCGGUUGGCACAGUAAUCAUUCGAAUUGUAAAAAUGUCAAAAAUUAUGAACAUCAGGAAAACUGGAACCCUUCAGAUCAACCUAUGCAAAUGAGGCGGUCUCACUAUGUGGUAGAGUUGAAUCGAAGGUGUAGUACAUCAUCCGACUUGCCGAAUAGGUCACAACAACAUAAUAGUAAUUGCAAAUACAAUUUUACCAACAGGGCUUCUCAACGUGCUUCGUCUCAAGGCGACACUUGUCCAAGAUGGGGUUGUAUACGCACUGGUGGUAGUUCCAGCGUCCGUCACAAUCGGCAAAAUAUAUACCAGCAGCAGCAGGACAAUGUCAGCUUAGAGGAGUAUGAUCUAGCUGGGGAAGGAGAAGCUUGCUGUCCGGGAUCUCAAUGUGUUCCAACUAGAAAACACAGAAGAAGGCGCAAAUCGUCUCAUAGUCGCGACAAAAGCCCAGAAUGCAAAUCGGAGAGUUCCUACUGUCGAAAAGGUCACGAAAAGCGACGUCACUCUUCAGCAAGAAAACACGAUGAAGAGCACCUAGUCUCUGAUAAUCGGUAUAAUGAUUUUACAAACCUGAUCAAUGAUCGUUACGCUUCUGAUGAACGCAUAUGCUCCAAACAUCAAAACAGUUUGACUGAGAACAGUCGAGCUACUUAUACGACAUCUCUGAGCACCGACACGCUUUAUUGGGACGAAGAUCCGUUGCAACCGUCUUGCACGCCAACUAGUUCACGACAACACUCAAUAAAAUCCCAAUCCUCAUCAACAUACAGGCGCGAAAACGGAGUGAAGCCUGUCAAAUCGUGGGACAACUUAACGACUAAGGCAUUUGGAGGUUAUGGGUUUGGUUUCGACUUCCUAGAUCGGGAUCAGAUAAAUGCCGCAGCACAUCAACAUCAUCAGCAUACUGUGUACCUUCAAUUGAAAAAUGUCAAAGGUCAUGGCAAACAUCAUCAUCAUCAUAAUCAUAACCACAACCGUAUCAAACAUUCGACGAAAUCAACAGAAGCGCUACUGACACUGCCCCCACAGUAUCCGAUUACGGGUAGUUACGAAUACCUUGACGAUGAAUGUUCUUCUGGAAAAUAUUUCCUCAACUACCGUAAUGACAAAGCUAGUCAGACGGAUUGCCGCAGACAUUCGCACCAUCAGACAAACUAUCAACAAUCAGAAAUUACAAGGUUAUAGAAUCUCCUCGCAAUCUCAAUUUUUAUUAUUUAUAAAAUAUUUUUACUAUUUAUUUUUUAGUCCUUAUAUAUAAACAAUAAUAAAAUACCCUCAGCAUAUCAAACAUUGUAAUUUAUCAUGCUUGUUUUAUUAUGUGUGAAGGGAUAAUUAUCUCUAGUCAUUAUAAUUUUUAUCUCAUUUAUUAUUAUUACCACUAUGCCAUUAAUAUGAUUAAAUGAAUAUUGUUUCAGACUCAACAAUCAGUUAAUAUUUUAAUUUUUUUUUUGUUAUUAAUAUUAUUCAUAUGGGAUAAACGGUAGAACAUUUAAAAAUGGCAUUUAAAGUGUAGUUCAAAGAUAUUAUGUUUUUGAUAUUUGACAUAAAACUUUAAUUUGAUAAUUCCAUAUUAUAUUUUACCUUAAUUGUAAUGUGUACGUAAAAUACUAUUCAUUUUUGUCAAUAAUGAUAAUAAGUUUUUCUUUUUGAAUCUAACACAAUGAGAAUUU